AUCUUUCUCUUCUUUCUUCACCAGGGAAGUGAGGACUCUUUGGAGCGACCUCUUGGAUGCAGUAAGGAAACCAAUAAUAGAGGGAGAAGACAUCCUCUCGGGGCGAUGAUCUUGCUGAAUUCUUGACUUCACUUACAGAUAACAAAGGAAUAAAGAAGAGUCGAGUCUCUGUAUUGCAAUUUCAGACUGCUCUGAGUCCCCUUCAGGGUGAGAAGAGGGGUAUAAAAACAGUGAAUAAUUAAUUAAUUAAUUAAACACCCAUAUCACUGUUGACAUGGAGGAGAAAGCAUUUCAAUGCCUGGAGUGUGGAAAGAGUAUCACUAGGAGAUGCUAUCUGCAGCAACAUGCAAGGACUCACACUGGGGAGAAACCCUAUGAAUGCCUGGAGUGUGGAAAGAGCUUCACUCAGAGCUCAAGUCUACGUUUACAUCAAAGGACCCACACUGGGGAGAAACCCUAUGAAUGCCUGGAGUGUGGACAGAGAUUCACUCAUAGUGGAAGUCUACGUAAUCAUCAAAGGACUCACACUGGGGAGAAACCGUAUACAUGCCUGGAGUGCGGACGGAGCUUCUCUUAUAGUUCAGUUCUCAGUUUCCAUCAAAGGACUCACACUGGGGAAAAACCCUAUGAAUGCUUGGAGUGUGGGAAGAGAUUCACUCAGAUUUCGGGUCUACAUUCCCAUCAAAGGACUCACACUGGGGAUAAACCAUACACAUGCCUGGAAUGUGGACAGAGCUUCACUAAUAGUGGAAGUCUACGUUCCCAUCAAAGGACUCACACUGGGGAAAAACCCUAUACAUGCCUUGAGUGUGGACAGAACUUUGUUCGUAGUUCAGGUCUACGUUCACAUCAAAGAACUCACACCAGGGGAAAAAUCUAUACAUGCCUUGAGGGUGGACAGAGCUUCACCUAUAGUUCAGGUCUACAUUCACAUCAAAGAGCUCACACUGGGGGGAAACCCUAUACAUGCCUGGAGUGUGGAAAGAGCUUCACUCAAAGUUCAAGUCUACGUAAACAUCAGAGGACUCAUACUGGAGAAAAACCCUAUACAUGCCUUGAGUGUGGACAGAGCUUCACUCAUAGUGGAAGUCUGCUCUCCCAUCAAAGGACUCACACUGGGGAGAAACCCUAUGAAUGCCUGGAGUGUGAAAAGAGGUUCACUAAUAGUUCAGGUCUACGUUUACAUGAAAGGACUCACACUGGGGAGAAACCUCAUACAUGCCUGGACUGUGGAAAGACCUUCGCUCAUAGUGGAAAUCUACGUUCGCAUCAAAGGACGCACGCUGGGGAGAAACCUUAUGAAUGCUUGGAGUGUGGAAAGAGGUUCACUAAUAGUUCAAGUUUAACUAAUCAUCAUAGGACGCACACUGGGGAGAAACCCUAUAAAUGCCUGGAGUGUGGACAGAGCUUCUCUUUAAGUUCAUGUCUACGUUCCCAUCAAAGGACUCACACUGGGGAGAAACCCUAUGAAUGCUUGGAGUGUGGGAAGAGGUUCACUCAGAUUGCAAGUCUACGUUUACAUCAAAGGACUCACAAUGGGGAGAAACCGUACACAUGCCUGGAAUGUGGAAAGAGCUUCACUCAGAAAGGAAAUCUGCAUUCGCAUCAAAGGUCUCAUACUAGAGAGAAACCCUAUGCAUGUCUGGAGUGUGGAAAGAGCUUCACUCAUAGGGGAAAUCUACAUUUGCAUCAAAGGACUCACACUGGGGAGAAACCCUACACGUGCCUGGAGUGUGGAAAGAGCUUCACUCAGAGAGGAAAUCUACAUUCACAUCAAAGGACUCACACUGGGGAGAAACCCUAUAACAUGCCUGGAGUGUGGCCAGAGCUUCACUCAGAGGAGACCUAUAUAGACAUCAAAGGACUCACACUGGGGAGAAGCUCUAUGUUGGAGCAUGCAAGCAAUCAGUGAGCCUGUGUUUAUAUUUAUCGUGUCAGGCAACCAAACAGUUGUAUUACUUUUUUGACAGAACAAACAAACAAACAUACAAGAGACACAGAGUUUGCAAGCUUGGUAUUCUAUUAAAUGUCCUUUGACCAGUAUCUGUCCCCUUGGAGUGCCUCUGGUGUUGCCGCAAGGAGGUCCUCCAUCAUGCAUGUGGCUGGGCUCAGGAUGCAUUGCAGCAGGUGGUCAGUGGUUUGCUCUUCUCCACACUCGCAUGUCGUGGAUUCCACUUUGUGGCCCCAUUUCUGAAGGUUGGCUCUGCAGCUCAGUGAGUCUAUGUGUGUCAACUGUAAAAUGAAGCUGAUUGGUUGGGCAAUGCCCCAGGUGAUGGCUGAGCUUAGAACUUUAGGAUACUGUUGCAUCUUUGUUCAGGCUUAAGCUAUGGAGGUGCAGAGAGAUAAAGAGAGAGAGAGACUGAUUUGCUUCUUGGCUGCUGAAAGAAGGUCUCUCAUAUGUAUAAAUAUGUGAGAGGAAGCCACAGGGAGGAGGAGGAGGGAGCAAGCUUGUU